AUGGAGGGAGGGAGGAAGAGAGGUAUAAUUGUGCGAUUAACACUAAACCUUUCGCACCACACAAACACAAAACAAAUCAACUCUUCACGAUUUUAUUUCGAUGGCCAAUAAUUCAUCCAACUCCCGUUUCUUUUGCUUCCAUCGAACCUAAAAUUUCACCACCUCUUCUUCUUCUUCUUCCUCUUCUUCUUCAUUCUCUAAUUUAAUAACACUUCUUUCACAUCCACCGCCGCCACUUCCUCCUCCUCCUCCCCUCUUUCUCAAUCACAAUUCACAAUGCAUCUCCCCGAAACUGCCCCCAUUUUCCCCCUCCCACUUCCCACGGCCAUGCGCCGUUCUCACACCAUGUCCAAAUUCAACCCUUACGAACAUCUCAGCGUCUCCCUCAACCCCGACGGCUCUCUCUCCCGUCUCCUCCAACUCCCCGCCGUCUCCUCCCCUAACCCCGCCGACCCCGUUUCCUUCAAAGACAUCGCUCUCAACCCCUCCUCCGCCACCUGGCUCCGCCUCUUCCGUCCCACUAACAUCCCCGCCAACGACGGCGUCGUCGCCCGUCUUCCCAUCCUUAUCUACUUUCACCACGGCGGCUGGAUCCUCCAUUCCGCCUCCGACGCCAUCACCCACCGCAACUGCGCCGACCUUGCCUCCCAGAUCCCUGCCAUCGCCAUCUCUGUCAACUACCGUCUCGCCCCCGAGAGCCGUUUGCCAGCGCAGUACGACGAUGCCGCGGACGCCCUCCGGUGGGUGAAGACCCAGAUGACGGAUCCCGACGGCGAAAAAUGGCUUAAGGAUUUUGGCGACUUCUCACGGUGUUACCUUUAUGGCGUCGGCUGCGGCGGCAAUAUUGCUUUCUUUGCUGGACUGAAGGCGGUGGCAGGGUUGAAGCUGGAGCCAAUGAAGGUGGCCGGAAUCGUGAUGAACCAGCCAAUGUUUGGUGGGGUUAAGAGGACUAAGUCGGAGCUCCGAUUUGCGACGGACCAGUUGCUGCCGUUGCCGGUGCUGGAUUUGAUGUGGGAACUGGCGCUGCCGAAGGGGAUGGAUCAAGACCAUCGGUACUGUAAUCCGAUGGUGGGAGGUCCACAUAAGGAGUUGAUCGGACAGCUGGGAAGGUGCCUGGUGGUGGGGUUCGGUGGAGAUCCGAUGGUGGACAGACAGCAGGAAUUUGUGAAAAUGUUGACUGGUUGUGGGGCCCAGGUGCUUGCGUGGUUUGAUGACAUGGGAUUUCACAACGUUGACCUUGUUGACCAUCGACGGGCUGCUGCGGUCAUGAGUCUUGUCAAGGAAUUCAUCAUUUGAUUUUAUUUUAUUUUAGCCCCACCAAAGCAUAAGAUAAAUAUUAACUUAACCCUUUUUCAAUUACUCUCUUUUUUUUUUUUUUUUUUCUUUUUUAAGAAAACUUAAAUCUUUUGAAAUUACAACCAAAAAUGUAUUUAAUCCACAGAGUGGUAAUUGUAAAUUAAAGGUUUUU